AUGCUAAGGAGAAAUAUAAGAUUGAGAAAAGAAUAUUUAUAUUUAAAAAAAAUUGAGGAAGAAAAAAAACAGUAUGCAGAGAAAAUAAAGAGUAUAAAAGAAAGCUAUGAAAAAAAUAAAAAAAUUAAGAGCCAUUUAAAAAAUGAAGAAAAUGAAUUAAGAAAAAAGAUGGAUUUAUAUGAUGAAAAAUCACUUAAUAGAAAUUUUGACGAUGAAUAUUUUUUUUGCGGUAUUGAAAAUCCGCGAGUACUUAUAACAACUUCAAGAAAUCCAUCAUCCCAAUUGGAAAAUUUUGCAAAAGAAAUAAAGCUUUUAAUUCCUAAUAGUGAAAAAAUAAAUAGAGGAAGUUAUUUCAUUAAAGAUAUAAUAAAUUUUGCAAGAAAAAAUAAUAUUACUGAUGUAAUUAUUAUACAUGAAUAUAAAGGAAUACCAAGAAAUUUAAUUAUUUGUCAUCUGCCUUUUGGCCCUACUUUAUUUUGCACCAUAAAAGAUUGUAAGAUGAGGCAUGAAUUUAGUGAUCAGAUAAAUAAUAUUUCUAUGUGUAAUCCCCAUUUAAUUUUUCAUAAUUUUAAUUCAGAUUUAGGUAAAAGAAUUAUGAACAUUUUUAAAUAUUUAUUUCCCCCAGUUAAAAUUAGAACAAAUAAAAGAAAAUUCUCAAAAAAUAACAAGCAAAUUUCAAUUGUAAAUGAUAAACAAAACAAAAUUAAAGAAGAAAGUGAAAAAGAAGAUGAUGAAAAUGAAUUAGAAAUAUCUAUUAAAAAUAGUGAAUACUACAAUUUGCAAAAGUUUGAAAAUAAUAGAAUUAUUACAUUUUUCAAUAAAAAUGAUAUUAUAUAUUUUCGUCAUUAUAAUUGGAAUACUAACGAAAAAAACGAAAUAAUAUUAAAUGAAAUGGGACCCAGGUUCAGUUUUGUUGUUUAUAAAAUAAAUAAGGAGACACUUGAUUCAUUAAAUGAAGACUAUGAAUAUGUGUAUCGCCCUUUUUUAAAUUCUAAAAAAACAUUAUUGUCAUAA